AUGAGAAAAACUCAAGCUUCGAAUUUAAAUAGCGAAACCAUGGAAUUAAGAUUACAAAAUACAUUAGCAAGGAGAAAAAAACGGCAGCCUCAAGACGAAAUGAAUUCGCGUGCGAUUAACGAUAAUAAGUCGCAUUCGAAAAAUAACGAUGCGAACAUUUCAACCGAGCAUCACGUUUCUGUAGAUAAAGCGAUUACCCCGAAAAAUGUAGAUAAAGCUGUGAAAAUAUUCGACACCAACGAGGUGCACAGGUUCGACAACGCAGGCUCCACGGAUCUAGACGAGUUCGCAUCCAAAUCGAUGAACGUUGUCGUCGAUAUUCACCGAGAAUACAAAUCGGAAAAGUCCGGCGAGAAUUCGGAUCGUACCAGAACCUCCGAGAGAACCGAAGGUGUCAGAAUGUUUUCGAAAACCAACGCGUUCGGCGACAGGAGGAGCGACCGUCAGAAAUUCGGCCAGGUUCAAACUCGGAGUAUCAAAAAGAUGCACGACGAUAUAGAGAUCGACGAUUCGAUAGACACGAUAGAGGUGGUUAAUUCGACGACGGCGAAAGGGGACGAGAGAGGAGAAAGAAAAUUGUCCAAGAAGAACAGCGACCAGUGUUCUUCCACCGAACGGAAGUCGCGCGGUAAGGGGAAGUGGGGGGCACCGCAACGUCAAACGGACGAUUUGAAAAAGCCGCCGCGGAAACGCUGGUCAAAAGACACUUCGAUAAUUCGUUUGCCGGAACCGAGAAGCGGUUCCUGGGCGUCGUCCACCGAAAACAAGCUUCCGUUGACGCGAUCCCCGGAUGAUACGAAACAAGCGUCGUUCUCGGCUUACGACAACGCGGCGUUCGUCUCGGACGACGAGGAAAUACUGCGAAUCGAGACCGAUUACAACGGCCGGGAAAAUGUGAGGAUAGAGAUGAGGGAGUUCGCUAAGGAACAUUUCGAUAACUCGACACUUUCGCCGCGCGGUAGAGAAAUACCGGACGCGGCUGCUGUCACUAUCGAAAGCUUAGACGAGUCGGAGAACUCGAAUUUCGAACGCUACGAAACAUCGAGGAAAGUUCGGUCACGAAACGGGAACGGUUACGACGAGCGCGGGAAACGCGCGAUUUCGAAAAAUGCGAGAGGAAACUCGGAUGAAAGCGACGACGACGACGGAUCCGAUAAUUCGAACGUAUCGCAGUCCUUGAGAAACGUGACCGUUCGAUCGAAUUAUCAGUCCUCCGAGGAAACAUCGACGAAACAUCGACGUUCUGCGAAGAACAGAGAAACGUCUAAAAAGCGUUCUAUCGAUGGUCAAGGUUAUGCUAGCCAAACUGUACCGUCGACGACCGAGGGUGACGAUGUAAAUCGCAGAAAAUCGGGGGAUCGUCGUGGCUCGAGAAGCGAGAACGAGAAAAGGAAAGUAUCUAAAAAUGUUUCCAGCUCUUCUCUGACCAGUCCGUAUUCCGACGUGGCCAAAGAGGAUUCGAAGAGGAGGAGGGAAAAGAAACAUGGCGCCAAGUAUAUUUCCGUUACGAUCCAUAGAGCGGACAUGUUGGAGAUCGAUUACUUGACGAAGCACCCGAUGGUGAAGGUGCACAUCGUGUACGCCGAAACUGGGAAAUAUUUGAAAAAUGGAUCCAGCAGUUAUUUGCAGCCGAUAAUCACCAGCACGUUCGAUUUCAAAGAGAACAGGUCCAUCGUGCCCGUGUGGGAGGAGGAGAUCGUCUUCGAGCAUAAUUUCGAUUCGUUGCUGAAAACCGAUAACGAUCAGGUCGUGAUCUUGUUCGAGAUCAUCGACCUGUUGAGCUUCGCCGAGGCUAGCUUUAAUUAUGAUAAAUUUGGCAAGUGUUGCG